AUGCUAACUCCACCUGAAAUAGCAGACCCGACCUUAAACAAAUCUCUUUCAAUUGCCAUGGGACUCAAUCGGUGGAAAACGUAUGACGUGAUUUUGAAGACGUUAUCUAAAGAUAAUGGCACCGAAGGAAUGGAACAUGGAAGUGGUAAAGUGUCAAAAGACAGAACAUCGUGCAACAUGAGAGGAAAGAUUAAUAAACAAAGAUUAAAAAUCCACGUGGUACAGACGAUUCUUCACAUCACUCAACUUAUCAUGAGUUACGUCACAAUGCUGCUUGUCAUGAAUUAUAACAUAUGGUUAUUAGUGUCAGUCGCCGUUAGUGGCGGAAUUGGAUAUUUCGUAUUUGCCAGCGAAGACACUGGGUACCGACGAUUGAGGGCGCGACCGCCUGUUGUAGUUUAA